AUCUCGCGAGAUCUGCGUCGUGUGUAUGCAAGUCUCCGAGUCGGGGUGCCUGAUCAUUUAACUCUAUAUUUUAACGUCCGAGGAGGCUGGGGGACAGAAAAGCUGAGCGGACGUCGAAGUGGAGCUGCUCCGCGGAUGACGUGUUUUAUGAACAAGGUGUAACGUCUGGAGCGUUAAGAUAUUUCAUAAAUAUUGGCGGUCGCUAGCUACCGUUAGGUUUGCGAAACGAUUCCUACAGAUGUGGUGGCUGGAAUCCCGAGAGGAGAAAAAAAGGGGCACAACCAAUAAAGCAGGACACGGUGGAGGAAUAAGAGGGCGAUUUUCCUUUUUCUGGGACGCAUGGAGAGACUGGAAGACUGUAUCCGACGGUGGCGUUUAAUAUUGAAAUAGUUGCUAUAUUUUUGUUAUCUCUUUGCCUUAGGAUCUGCCCUCGUUCGCUGGUGGGGCAGUCUGCUUUCGGGUUUUUAGCUGUCUUGUAACAGGGCCCUAGUCAGGCUGUCUGGGCUCCACCAUGGGUACUAACAGCGAGUGGGUGUUCGCCAGGGCUGGUGUUCUGCGGGACAUUGCGAGAAUGACCCAGGGCUAGAAAGCAGCGGGACAAAACCGCCGCUCCCCGCUAGACUUCAGCUAUAUAUUUUUUUCCUCACUGAAGAGAACCACCAAACCCUGAUUUUCCGCGAGUUACAUCUUCAGCGCUGGAUAGAUGGGUUGCGCCAUUUGGUUCCAGGCUAGGUAGCGUGUUAUCCACCUACCCAGCAUUAGCUGUCAUCCAGACAAAGUGAGCUGUAUGUAGCAAUAAAAAUAAUGGAUGGCUGACACCCUAUUGAGCCUCCUUCUUCGGAGAGGGGGCGAGAAAGAGACGCGAAUAAUAGGAAUCUUAAGUCCGAAAAGCAGUAUACUAGAGUAAAGGGCGAAGACCAGUCCUCAUCAUAUGGCUACGGCCAGCUGAGCAGGGCAGCAGCCGAAGUCGCGCCCCAGCCCCUAGAGUUAAAAGCUCCGCAGCCUCCGAGAGACGUGAGAGAUGGAUAAACUCACCAUUAUUUCAGGAUGUCUUUUUCUGGCCGCAGAUAUUUUUGCCAUUGCCAGCAUUGCCAAUCCAGACUGGAUCAACACCGGGGAAUCUGCAGGGGCUCUCACGGUGGGGCUGGUGCGCCAGUGCCAGACCAUCCACGGGCGCGACAGGACCUGCAUCCCGCCACGGCUGCCCCCCGAGUGGGUCACCACGCUCUUCUUCAUCAUCAUGGGCAUCGUCUCCCUCACCGUCACCUGCGGCCUGCUGGUGGCCUCCCACUGGCGACGCGAGGCCACCAAGUACGCCCGCUGGAUAGCCUUUACUGGAAUGAUCCUAUUCUGCAUGGCGGCCCUCAUCUUCCCCAUAGGAUUUUACAUCAAUGAGGUCGGAGGACAGCCCUACAAGCUGCCCAACAACACAGUGGUCGGCUCGUCCUACGUCCUCUUCGUCCUGUCCAUCUUUUUUACGAUAGUGGGACUGCUCUUCGCAGGGAAGGUCUGUCUGCCAGGCUGACUCCCCCCCCACCCUCCCAGGCUGCUUUGUCUGUUUUGAACUUUGAACCAUGCCAUCAAAGCAAGAUGCAUUGUGGGAUGGACACAUGGAUCGUUAUAACGAUGACUUCUGUUUCCAAGGAACCAAUCCUGAACCCAAACAGAGGGGGCGCUAUGCCGCACUUUGUCCUCACCUCCCUUCGCUCACGUCCCAUGCCCAUUGCGAUGCUGGUGGGGGCUGGGCGGGGGGCGGUGGCGGCGGCGGCCAGCUGCAGCCGGGCAGAGACCCCACACUGUAGUGGGGCUGUAUUUCAGUGAUGCCAGCCGGCCCAUUCCCAUCAAUCUUAAUCUUUUAUUAUUAUUGAUGUUUGCGUUUAUUCUCUGGUCUCUGUUCGCUUUGAGCUUUUCAAACUCGGAAUCCCCAGUGGAUCCACAGAAGCACAGGACCCUACUUACUGAGUGCCACUCCCUCCCACCACCCUGCCCUUUUUUUGGAGUCGUUGACUCAGUCUCAGAAGGAAACAUACCUGUCUGCAAUGGCGGGUAUGGAGGAUUCCAGGAAGAGGUAGAAGGUACCACCUCCCGUCUCCUCCCGUCCGCAAUACAGCAGGAGCCACCAGCAGGCUCAGAUUGGGGGUGGGGGGCGAGCGAGGUGAGAACCUGAGUGGUGUGUCUGGAGUGGGACGUUUUGCCUAACGCCCCCUCAGGCAGGUGGGGGGAUGCUUCAGCUGGCCUCAGCCUGACAAAAGAGCAUGAAAAGCAAGAAAUUUCAGCUGAUGAUGUAGUGAGACCAGAUUAAAAAUAAGACACGGCACCAGGACUGCAGGUGAAGUCCUUGUGGGGCAGGCCUCACGGUGCCUGGGAUGGGGGGGAAUGAAUUGUGCUCCAGGUUUCAGCCUCAGGCCAUUAAACCCAUUUGAGCUCUGGACUGCAUUUCAUAGGUACAACAGGUUUGUUGAGUAAGUCUUACACUUUUUUUUUGUUACCAGAGCUUAUGAUCCUGCUUUCAUUAUAUUAUUAAAUUUCUGCACCCCCUCCUGUACCGUUUGGUUUGGCUUUUUGUUUUGUUUUGUUUCGUUUUGUUGUGCUCUGAUUUGUUCUAUGAAGUAUAUAAAUAUUCAGUGACAAAAGAUGUUUGUUUGCAGAUACAAAUCAGUGAAUGAAAUCACCAGAAUCCUAAUAUACAAAGCAAAAUUUGUUCAUCUCCUUGUUUCGUAAUAAAAAUAUUUUGUUUUAUUUUUGCUUUUUACUAAUUUGUGUCUGAAAGAAUUUGCCUUCAGUUUGUACAGUACAAAUGCUUUAACUUAUUAAGGUCAGAUGUUUUGCAGUAAGUAGAACAUUUGUUUUGUUUUUGUUCUGUUUUAGAAGAUUAAGGAAUAUUUAAGAUUAAAAUGCAUCUCUGCAGGAAACAGCC